UUAACAUUUCCCUCCGACUUCCAAGUGUUAGGUGCUGAGGUAGGUUACUAGGUAAAUUUAAAUGUAACUAAGAAGAUACCUAUAUUUAUAUAUAUAAUUCAAAUAUAAACUUAAGUGGUUUCAAAUGUUCCGGUACCUUAGAAAAUUUAAGGUAAAUUAUGUGUGUAAUAUUAGUAGGAAAAAUUUUAGCAGCGAAGUAAGGGCACCAGUAUUAAACACGGCAACGAUGUUCAAAUCUUCAGUUUUUAAUCUUCAAGAGGCGACAGCAGAUCAGGUCAAGGAGUUUUUGAAUUCCUUUGAUACUGUUUUAAGUGAUUGUGAUGGUGUGCUAUGGAUUAAUAACAGCGCCAUUCCAGGUUCAGCCGAGGCUAUGAAUUUUUUUCGGAAAUUAGGAAAAAGAAUUUUUUACGUUACCAAUAACUCUACUAAAAUUCGUAGCGAUUUUGCUGUCAAAGCGCAACAACUAGGGUUUAUUGCAGAACCGGAAGAAAUUCUAUCAACAGCUUAUUUAGUAGCCCAUUACUUAAAAGGUAUCGGAUUCAGAAAAAAAGUUUACCUAAUAGGUUCAAAUGGCAUCGGCGAUGAGUUGAAAGCUGUGGGUAUACGACACAUAGGUGUUGGACCAGACCAAGUCAAACAGGAUUUCAAAUCCAUGAAUUCAUCAGAUUUGGAUCCAGAAGUGGGAGCUGUAGUAGUUGGUUUCGAUGAACACAUAAGCUAUCCAAAGUUUAUGAAGGCUGCAUCCUAUCUCGCCAACGAGCAGUGUCUAUUUGUAGCCACAAACACAGACGAGAGGUUCCCUAAAUCUAGUACGGUCAUAAUACCCGGAACUGGGACACUGGUUAGAGCGGUGGAAACAUGCUCGGAGAGAAAAGCACUAGUUCUUGGGAAACCACAUGAUUAUGUAAGGAAGUUUCUAGAAUCAUUCGGCUUGGAUCCUGCGAGGACUUUAAUGAUUGGUGACAGAUGCAACACGGACAUAGAGUUUGGUGUACGUUGUGGUUUCCAAACUUUGCUCGUCAUGACCGGAGUGACUUCACCAAAAGACUUGGAAAGAAUGAGAAGUGACAAGAAACCUCCGCUACCCGAUGUCGUUUUACCAAAACUGGGCGACAUACUGAGCCUCGCCUCAUAGUACAAUUAAUAAAUGUAGAUAACAAUGUGAUAUGUUACAACUUUAUAUUAAUUUGUUGGAACUUUUAAAGUUAUUUUAUUUAGCAUAAUUCAAUACCGAGCUAUGGAUUCAACUCAGCUGACAUCCCGAUGUAGUGAAAUUGUUGAAGUACUUUAGAAGUUGGAAUACAAUAUCCGACUAGUGCAGUCAAGCUUUUUUUAGGCAUCAUUCACAUUAACAAUAAAGUUACUAAAUAAUUAGGAAAAGGGAAAAGGAGAAUGUGUGCACAGACUAAGAUUAAAUUUUAAAAUAUAUCAGACAAACACAAUACUUCAUUUAUUUUGUUUAUAUUAAACAUCCAACAAAUCAUUUUAUUUAAUUUUUUAUUCCCAAAUUGUUGUCCUAGUUCCAGUUAUAGCGUUAAGCACUUCAAAUGAUUUUUAAUAUAUAGUUAUGUGAAAGUUACGUAUUUUUGUAUAGUUUUUAUUAUUUUUAACUUAAUUUUAAUGCGUCUUCGACAGCAUUGGGAAUAUUAAAAGAAUCGAUUUUUGAAUAUUGGAUACUUAACCCGCCAUUUUGUUUUUUUUUUUUUUUAAAUUCCACCAUUGAAAUAGAUCCUAUAUCUAAACGCAUACAUGUACCUAUGUAUAGUUAUUUGUUUGCAUACACGAGCAUUUUUAUUUAUUUCAUAUAUAUUUAUGUCAUGCAAAUAAUGUGUUCAGUUUCAUGACAAUUUUAUUUAUACAGUGGCAGUAUUUUUUGUGCAUUUAUUUGAUUUCAAAUUAGAACUUUGAUAAUAAAUGUUGCCUUAUGAAAAAAAAAUGUACAAAUAUAAUGUUAUUGUUAAAUAUACGUUUAGUUGCUCUGGCAAUAGAUUGUUAUUAUUUAAACGAAUUUGUAUAGAUAAUCAAUGUUUAUUAUAAAUAUUGCAUACAGAA